AAAUUAUUUAUUCGAGGAAUUGAUAUUGUGAAGAAAGGGAAAUCAAAAUAUUUUAAGAAUGUGUGUGAAAAGGUGAUGAGAAAGAUUGUGGAUAUGAAUAAUGAGAUGGGUGUGUUUGAUACUGUUUUGUCAAUGAUUGAAUCAAAUAUGAAGAUGAAUGAAUUCGCGAACCGUAUGCUAAAGAGAGAUAUCAAAAUUGAAGAGGGUGAACGAUUUGAUUAUUAUAUUAUUAAACAUCCCGAUAGAAAUGCAAAGAUUCAUCAGAAGAUGGUUCUCGUGAAAUAUUUUGAUGAUAAGAAGAUGAAAAUUGACAUGAAAUAUUAUAUCAAGACUCUUAUCGGAACAUUAGCACAUUUUAUUAAUCAUUAUGAUCAAUUUCAAACAAAUAAUAUUGAUUAUAAAAAGAGAGAUGAGACUAGUCAGAAAAAUGCAGAGAAAUUUUUGAGAGAUUAUGUCACGAUGAUUGAUGAUAGGAUGACAAGUUAUGAUAUUCGCGAUUUUUUUCUAAUUCCAGCUUCAACUAAAAGAAUAAAUUUGAAACAAGAGAAUGGUGGUCGAGAAAAAU